AAUAGAAAACGGAUAGGAAUAUAGAGAGGAUAGGCCAGAAGCCUCUCUUUCUCUCCCUCUCUCUUUCUCAACAAUGGCUUCUGCAGCUGCAUCUCUUUCUACAAUCUGCACUUCCUUCACAACCCAUUGCGCAAUUUCCAACUAUAGCCCCAAAACCCCAUUCUCUCAAUCCACUUUCUUCCCAUUCUCUCGUACUCACUCUCUUUCUCUCUCCUUCCAACCCACUCUCUCUCCUCGCUUACCCCUCCUCCCUCCCAAAUCCUCUGACACUGCCCAAGCUCUCUCCGACCCUCAACCAGCAACGCAGCUUGUUCAGUCCCCACCGCUUCAGCCUCCGUCUUGGGAGCCUGGUCUCUUCGCUGUCGUCAUGGUUGGUGGGCGCCAAUAUAUUGUUCACCCUGGUCGUUGGAUAACUGUUCAGAGGCUGAAAGGUGCUAAGGUUAAUGACAAGAUUGCUUUACAUAGGGUUUUGCUGGUUGGCACUGAUACAUCUUGCUACAUUGGAAGACCAGUUGUGACAAAUGCUGUGGUAUAUGCAACAGUGGAAGAGCAGGGUUUAGAUGACAAAGUAAUUGUCUUCAAAUAUAAAAAGAAGAAGAAGUACCGCAGAACCAUUGGACACAGACAGCCAAAUACACGCAUAAGGAUAAAUAGCAUUAUGGGCUAUGAGAACUACCCAAAAGUUACUAUGGACGAUAUCAAGGACGAGGAUAAGGAGUCAUGAGCAUCUCUUGUACUGUGCCAAUAUUUGUAUCUUCUUGAAUCUUUUACUCAUAAAGCUAUCAUUUUGUUAUAGUUGAUUUUGCUUGUACUUAGAGGAGCUGUUUAAAUUCAUAUCUGGCUAAUGUAUGCCAUAUUGUAAACUCUAGUUCCUAAACACAUUGCCAUUUUUCAUGUUUCCAAUUGUCACAUUCCAGUUUUAACUAGAAAAGAUUCAGCA